GUGAAGGAAGAGAUGGCGAUUGCGAUUCGGCUGCUGGGGCGGCGUGUGUUAAGCUGGAGGCUGCAGCCGCGGCGGCUGCCACUCGCUGAUCCGGUUUCUCACCGUGCCCACUCGCAGUUGACUGUGGACGAUGCGAUCAACGGGCUCAGCGAGGAGCAGAAGCAGCUUCGCCAGACUUUGGCUAAGUUCCUUCAGGAGCACCUGGUUCCCCAGGCCCAGGAGAUCGAUCAGAGCAACGAGUUCAAGAACUUGAGAGAGUUUUGGAAGCAGCUGGGAAGCUUAGGUGUGUUGGGCGUCACGGCCCCUGUUCAGUAUGGUGGCUCCGGCCUGGGCUAUCUGGAACAAGUGCUGGUGAUGGAGGAGAUAUCCCGGGUUUCCGCAUCGGUGGGGCUCAGCUACGGUGCCCACUCCAACCUUUGCAUCAACCAGAUUGUGCGCAACGGGAACGAAGCCCAGAAGGAGAAAUACCUCCCCAAGCUCAUCAGCGGUGAGCACAUCGGAGCCCUGGCCAUGAGUGAGCCCAAUGCUGGCUCUGACGUUGUCUCCAUGAAGCUAAAAGCAGAAAAGGAAGGAGAUCAUUAUGUCCUGAAUGGCAGCAAGUUCUGGAUCACCAAUGGCCCUGACGCUGAUGUCCUCGUGGUCUAUGCCAAGACAGAUGUGGCCGUGAGACCAGCUUCUCGGGGCAUCACAGCCUUCAUCGUGGAGAAGGGUAUGCCUGGCUUCAACACUGCCAAGAAGCUAGACAAGCUGGGGAUGAGGGGCUCUAACACCUGUGAGCUCAUCUUUGAAGACUGCAAGAUUCCUGCUGAGAACACUCUAGGCCAUGAGAAUAAGGGUGUCUACGUGCUGAUGAGCGGGCUGGACUUGGAGCGCCUGGUGCUGGCAGGCGGGCCCCUUGGGAUCAUGCAGGCUGUCCUAGAUCACACCAUUCCCUAUCUGCACGUGAGGGAGGCCUUUGGCCAGAAGAUUGGCCACUUCCAGCUGAUGCAGGGGAAGAUGGCUGACAUGUACAUCCGCCUCAUGUCAUCCAGACAGUACGUCUACAACGUUGCCAAGGCCUGCGAUGAAGGACACUGCACUGCCAAGGACUGUGCCGGUGUGAUUCUUUACUCAGCUGAGUGUGCCACACAGGUUGCCCUGGAUGGUAUUCAGUGUUUGGGUGGCAAUGGCUACAUCAACGACUUUCCCAUGGGCCGCUUUCUUCGAGAUGCCAAGCUGUAUGAGAUCGGGGCUGGGACCAGUGAGGUGAGGCGGCUAGUCAUCGGCAGAGCUUUCAAUGCAGAAUUCCACUAGCCCCAAGACCUGACACCCCCUGGUCACAGCUCCUAGAGGCCUUCUUUGGAAGCAGAGGCGCGGCAGCCCUCUCACCUGUCUGAGACAGGCCUGCUGCUCAGCUGCCCUUCUUGCAUCACCCUCUGGCCUCUGCCUGAGGCUGAGUUCUUCAAGCCAGCCACCAAGACUGUGGUCUCACAGCCGGGCCAGCCAGCCAGCCAGGAAAGCUUAACCUACCAUGGACUCUGCAGGAAGCGUUUUGGCUUUUCUGUGGGUUGCUGGGAGGGCUGGUGACUGUGUCCUUGCUCUCCAACUUUGGAAUCUGAUGUUGCCACCCUCUUGGAGUGGCACGUGGGGUCCUGCAGGUGGCCACCCAUUUUCUUGGGUGAGUCCCUGUCAGGGAGCCCUCUGCUCAAGAACAGCAGAAGCCUCGCCUCGCUCCCUUUACUCAAACUUGGCAGACUCUUUUCUAGGGGAAAAAAGCUAAAUAACACACCUCCGGACCCUACCCCCCACACACAGCUUGCAAACACCUGUGUGUCAGAGGCAAUGGUGGGGCAUGGGCAGUGUGGUUGUGGAGAAUUAUCUCACACUAACCUCCCUUCUGGACCACCUUGCCAUGGGCACCAGCUGGUCCUGAUCAUGUGACCUCCAACAGCUGACUGGACAGUGGGCACAGGCCCUGCCUAAGCUGGUCUGGGUGCCGGGCACAUCUCCAGUCAAGGCUGCCUGUGUACAUUUCUCUAGACACCCUAUGGCUAAUUUUGUUACAACAGCCAGCGGCUGCCAUUUUGUAUUAAACGUAUUGUGAAGCAAGCCCAUUUAUCUGCUCCUGAUGCAGCUUUGUGCAGAAGCUGUCCACCCGUCACUGCCGCCUGCUCAUCCAGCACUCCUGGGAUAGUGCCCAGGUCCUAUUUUGCCCUCCAGCCUCCUCUUUGGUAAUGAGACAGGAGGGUAGAAAUAAUCUUAGUAUAGGGUAAAUCUCAGCUCCCUUUCCCAAAUCUUGCAGUGACUUUUUCUUGUUUUUUUGGGGGGGUCGUGCUGGGAGUUGAACCAAGGGCCUUUAGCAUGCUAGGCAAGCUACACCCCAGCCCUCUCUCACUGAUUUUUAAAAGAAGGAUCUUGGACUUAGAAAGAACCUUAUAAGUUUCUAGAAGUUAUCCCUGAGUUUGUUUUUGAGACAUGGUCUCACUAUGUAGCCCAGGCUGGCCUUGAACUCACUAUCCUC